AUGGACGGACUAACGGGCGGCGCAGACACAGAAGGCGCAACAGAUGGUAGGAAGAGGAAACUCCGAGACGACAAAGAAGCAGCGCCGAAGCAAGAGCGUGAUGUAGAAGCUGAGCCAGUCGGAAGCCUCGACGUCAGGCCGUCGAAGAAAUCUCGAACGGGGAGUACCAGGAGCAACGACCAAGAUCGACGAGACAGCGCCAUGCCGUCCUGGCCUUGUUCGCGCGGACGAGGCUCGUCUUUGGCAGGAAGGCCCCGGAUUGUAUGCAACUCGGUCUCAGCAGAACCGUCGAGCUCGAAGUCGGGCUUCAUCAAAAGAACAGGCACGACAGGGCUGCCGACUGUUGGUGAAGUCAUUCCGCCGCGACCGGACCAAAUCAAUAAAUCCGAGUCGGAGACAUAUACGAUUUCCCCUAUGGGCAAUGGCAGGAACUGGAACCCUUUCAAAGACACGAUGUUCUGGGAUCCGGCCGUGAAAUCAGCGAGCGGAAGGAAGAGGUCGGUACGUGCGCAAGAGCCCCUUCAAGCAGCGAGGAGACAAAUGGAAUUCGAACUCGAAGCAAAUUUGAAUCAGCUUUCAGCAAGGCCAUCCACAGAAGCAGACAAUAUCUUAACCAGCGCAAGAGGUACCGCUGGCGGAGGGGCAAAGACGCGGAGUGAAUCGACGAGGCCUCUUCCGUCCAAAUCGACCUCAAUGGGCAGUGAUCCAGAUGAGUUGUCCUCAAGCGACACGUCCGACUCCGAGGCCUCGAGCUCAGCCACGACCGAAACAUCUCCACUACUUCAAAUCGACCGCGGUGAAUGCGAGGUUCUGCCACAUGAAGUGACGAAGCUGCGGAAAGAGAAUGCACGGCUCCGCAUGCAGUCAGCCGAUGCGCUUGAUUCGAACGCCGCCGCGUCUCGCAGAGAGGCAAGUCUGUUGAGGCAACUGAGCUGGUACGAAGGUGCUGGAGAGCGUGAUGGACAAGGUGGGGAAGAAGGCCAAGAUAACGGUGAAGUGAAGGAUGACGACGAGAAACGAAGCAAGGAAUGA